AGUCUCAAAUAGUUAAAAUAUAUCCAACAUAGACUCAAUUGACAAUAGUUGCACAGUUGAAAUUGUUGCUGAAUUUUUCGAAAGUAGAAAAUUCAGCUUGAAAUAUAACUUGUUUGUAUUCAUUUUCUUCGUUCAAAUUUUAUAAUAUUACCAAAAUGAAAACCACUUCGUGCACUACGUUAAUUCUUCUAAUUGGAUUCACUUUUUGUUGUGGUGCAAUGUCUAUUGAUUUGAAUAAGGAAACUCCAAAUACUGGAACUACUGCAGAGUUAAAUCGGAAAAUUAAACGGUCAACCGACGAACUUGAUAAUCUUUUGAAUGAAAUUGUUUCGGAUGAAGAGCUACUGAAUUUAGCCAUUCACGGGGUCGACAAGGAAAAAGUGCAAAAUUCAGCAUUGUUGCAGUAUCUUCUAUUGCGUAAACCAAAUUUAGUUCACAUUUUACAAGAAAAACGGAGCCUUGACUACAGACCGCGCUUAGGCAGAAGAUCGAAUGAGGAUACUGAACAACCAAAACCAUACGACGUUUUCUUUACUCCAAGAAUGGGCAAACGUGCAGAUUUUACUAACUACACACCUCGACUUGGUCGCUCAACCUAUUCAGAAUAAGAUUUUUUGGAACCAGAAACCUACAACGAUCUAUUGAUGAUGACUUCACACGAGCCACAAAAUUAACUAAAUAGACAUGAAAUGGGAUUAAAUGUCUACAAAUUCAAUUUGAACUACUGUAGUUCAACUACGAUUGGAUACAAUUAUUAUAAAAAAAUGUCUGUUUUACUUAUUUUGAACUAAUAUACUUAACUGUAAUCUCGACGGCUUGUGAAAAUUGUUAAACAAUACUUUUUAUACUUGAAUGAAUAAAUGGGAUGCACAAAGAAAAACCGAA